AUGGACAGAGCGCUUGAUCGCCAAGAACAAGAGAAAGUGCGCACUGCACGCGCUAACUUCUACAACACCCUCAAGCGCAAGAUUUCGACUUCGCCCACAUCAACAUCGACAAAUUCAACCUCACCAUCACCAAUAAAGCAGCCUGGAGGGAUUCGACAAGACCACGAGCAACGCAAUACCAGUCCUAUCUCUACCAUACCAAACAAACGUUUCCAAAUGGGUCUCACCAAGGCCUCAAAGGCCGAACAAGCGUCCGCUCAUGAGAAGAGCCAACUCAUCAUUCGCUUUUACGAUCCCAAUGUGUACGCUAAGGACGCGCUCAAUCGCCAGCUCCAUGAGAUAUUAGCAUGGCCAGACCACAGGCUAGAAUCCGCCCACAACUAUAUCCAGAUGCUCUUUCCGCUGCCAGAAGGCUCUCCUUUCAAUAUGGAAGCCCCAGUCGUCAGCCUCGAAGUAAUGCAAGCGUUUCGUUCACGAAGUGAGCUACGGCAGGAACUACGACGAAGCUUCGAGCGUAUGCUCAGCUUCUACGGUUUCAAGGUGUCUACCAAGUCGGAAGCCGAGUGGCAGAAAGAGCAAGACGAGAUGAAAGUUGCAGAGUUCAAAUCUGCUGGCCUUGGUGUCGCCGAUCCAUUGCUUGCGUCGGCACUAGAUGCUAAGCUUCAGAAGACAGCGGAUGUUGGUCAUAGCACGCCCGUGACACGGGCCGCUACAGAAAGUUCAAUCACAGAUACAUACCCAGACCUACCCAUCGAUGCAGAUUCAUCGGCACCAAAAGGGAAAGCGCUGGCCCAGGCAAGUGAAUCAUCUGUAUUAACACCGUCUUUCCCAUCAGGCGCCUACACCAACGUCUCCACGUCCAAUCCACUUCCGUACCACAUCGUCCGUGCACCUGGGUGGCGCAAGAAGUUUGCCAACUGGGCCAUCGACUUCGAUCACAACCAUCUCCGUAUAACGCGUAUCCUUCGUUGUCUCCGUGUGCUUGGGCUCCAGACCGAGUAUACCGCCUUCUUCACUGCACUCGAGCGCACAUACAACGACCCCAAGAUUAGCAUCAGUGAUAAGAGCAUGGGCUUCUGGAGGUUAGCUGUUACAAACCCCUUGCACUUGGCCCCGGACGGCAAAAAGUGCAAGUGGCUGAUCGGCUGGGAGAAGGAGCAAGAAAGAAAAGAUGUGGAAGGUAAUGAGGUUGAGGGUGGUGUGACGGUUUGGCAGACGUAUGGUGUUCCGUUCGAAGAUGCGGAUCUUGUUGAGUACGCGCUUGAUGAAUUUGUUACCCCGGAAGGGGUGGAUAAGCACUUUGUGGAGGAGGUGGAGCGGGGCGAUGCUUUAGAGGAGGAGAGUGAGGAGGGGAGCAAGAGUGAUUCGACGGAUGAGGAGGAUAUUGACCGGAAGUGGGAGUACAUGUCCUAG